UAUACCUUCUAAAAACGUCAAAUUGAGUUUACGUUUAUCAAAUUUGAAUUUUUGGAGGAUACUAUCCCAUUGAAAAUCAAAUAAACUGAUAAAUGAAUGCCUCAAUAUGGCAUCGAAGUUAUUCAGACUUUCAACUGUUACACUAAUAAUAGCAACUAGUUUGUAUACUAUAAUAUCCAAACUCAUAUUCGAUAAAAUCUAUCUUACCUCCAAAAUAAUUGUUGAUGAAGAGUUUCAUUUACCUCUUGGUGAAGCUUAUUGCCAAUAUGAUUUCAACAAGUGGGAUCCUAAAGUGACAACAUUCCCUGGUUUAUAUUUGCUCAGUACAUUGGUCUUCGGCAAUUUUAGAUUAUGUUCAACAUACUGGCUACGUUUAAUUUCCUUCUUAACGUCUAUAGUCAAUAUAUUAUUGUAUUAUUUGAUCUUCAAGAUUUAUCACAGACAGGUGGCAUGGAAAAACGUGAUUUCUGCUAUCAACAUAUCUUUAUUGCCGCCACUUUAUUUCUUCAGUCAUUUAUAUUACACUGAUGUAUCUUCCAUCAUGAUGACAAUGCUGUUGCUAAUAAGUGCAAGAAAAGAAUAUCAUUACUUGGCUUCAGUCUUUGGUGCCUUAGCAAUUAUGAUGAGGCAAACAAAUGUUAUAUGGAUUGGAAUGUUAUUUGGGGAUUAUAUUUUGAAACAGCUUUAUAUGCUGUCAUCUGAAAAAACGAAAUAUCUGAAACAAGUUAAAAUUUCUACAAAGGGUGUUGAACAUUUGACUAGGAAGAUUCUGACAAAACCAGCUGAUAUCUUGAGGAAGAUAGACUUGCAGUUAGUACUAGAUUGCUUAUCGUACUUGUCAGUUCUCUGUAGUUUCUUAGUGUUUGUUUAUUUUAAUGGAAGUCUUGUAGUUGGGGAUAAAACAGCACAUGAAGCUACAAUUCACAUUGUUCAAGUUUUCUACUUUGCAACAUUCACAUUACUUUUUGGUUGGCCACAUUUUGUAAGCAGCAUUGUGCCAUUUAUAAAAUUCUCUUGGAGAAAUAAGGUUUUCUUAGCAUUUUCUAUUGCAUUUUGCUUAUGUGUCGUCCAUUUUAAUACUUUGAUUCAUCCGUAUUUACUUGCUGAUAAUCGGCAUUACAUGUUUUACGUCUGGAACAGAUUGUAUGGAAAAUAUCUUUUUUUCCGUUAUGCAAUGAUUUUCAUCUACAUAUUUGCAAUUUAUGGAAUUCUGUCGAAAAUUUGGGAUAGUAAAGACAUAAGUUUUCCGCUUAUGUACAUUUUAUGUACAGUUUUUGUCCUUGUAAUGCAGAAACUUGUUGAAGUUCGAUAUUAUCUAUUUCCCUACAUCUUAUUCCGAAUUCAAAUCAAAAAAACUACACCCACAAUCUUAGCCUUGGAGAAUCUAACAUAUAUGGCUGUGAAUGCUUUUACUUUAUAUAUGUUCUUCAAUAAAGAUAUUAUCUGGGAUACCUACGAUUAUCCACAAAGACUCAUUUGGUAAAUGUUCUUGUUUAAUGACCGAAUGGAAUUUGAUAAUCGAAAUGUGUUUAUUAGUUUUAUCUGUUGAGUUUUGCAUUUGAGAGUUACUUUUCAUUUUAAGAAUAACGUUAUUUGAAUCUUCAAUAUUCUAUUAUAAAGCUAUAUUAGUUUUUCUGAAAUGUGCAUGCCAACAAAUUUCAAUUCGAAAAAAAUCAAUGGAAUUGAAUUGUACUGAUCUUGUUUCAAAUGUACUAGACUAGAAUAGUGAUAUGGAAUAGUAUCUCUGUAACACAUGAGACUGUUAAUAAAAAUUGUUGUUUCCAA